AUGUCCAUUUCCUGCACUGCCACCGACCCCGCGCUUCUCGCAGCCUGCUGCGUCGUGGCGGGCGGCACGCUCUUCGGCUCCUCAUGCGCCGUAAACGCCGCCUGGGCCUUCCAAGCCUGUGCCGGCGACAGCAUCUGCGACGGCGUCCUCGUCAAGCGCCAGGAGACGACCGACGCCGGCACGGCGACUUCCGCUCCCACCGAGCCGACGGGCACCGAGACCACCAGCAUCAGCGAGCCUUCCGAGACAAGCUCAGCGUCGCCCUCGGUCUCGGGCUCCGAGUCCGGCUCGGCCGUGACCUCUGAGACGUCCGUGUCUGGCUCUGAGUCUGGCUCGGCCAUGACCUCCGAGACGUCUGUGUCUGGUUCCGAGUCGGCCAUCACCUCUCCCACCACCAGCGCCGAGGCCUCGCCCAGCGCUGGCACCCAGUCUGGCGGUAACGCAAGUCCCAGCGUUAGCGGCAUGUCUGGAACUGAGUCCGUGUCACCCACGCACACCGGCGGCGCCGGCGCAGGAUCUGGUACUGGCCACGGCAGCGCGACGUCCGGCGCGUCAGCCAGUCCCUCGGUCUCCGCCCCGACCGGUGCCGGCACCAAGAAGCGUGCGAGCGCCGCCGCGCUGGUGCUUGGCGUGGCUGUGGCUGCGCUCCUCAGCUAG